CAAGGCAGCAACGGCCGCGCAGUGCUGUCAGCGCUGCGCGUGCGGACGGCCGCCGUGUUCGUCGCCACCGAGCCAGCGGCUUGACCCGGCGUCCGGCACCGCGUGUCUGUGCGUCCGAGCGUGUGUGUGUGUGCGUGCGUUCCCUAUGAAGACGCUCUGUUUCGGAUUCCUCGCCAUGGACAAGAAUAGCGUCUCUCCCCUCGAACAGGGUGGAGAGCGGGCCCGCUGGGAGCAACACCACGUGACAUUGGCGCGGGUGCCUGGAUACGGGUUUGGCAUUGCUGUCAGUGGUGGCCGUGACAACCCACACUUUACCAGUGGCGAGCCAUCCAUUGUCAUCUCCGAUGUGCUUCGAGCAGGGCCUGCCGAAGGGAAACUCCAGAUCAACGACCGGGUAGUCAGUGCCAAUGGGCUGUCACUGGAAAAUGUGGACUAUGCGACUGCUGUCCAAGUUCUGCGGGAAUGCGGCCGCACUGUCAACCUGGUAAUCAAGCGCCGUGUUGUCCUGGGCCAUGCGGAGUCUGUGCGUGUGACCCUGACAAGAGCCAAGAAGAAAGAUGACUUUGGCAUUGUGCUUGGCUGCCGCAUCUUUGUCAAGGAAGUGUGCAGUAGGUCUGUGGCAGAGCGGGACGGCGCGCUGCAAGAAGGCGACAUCGUGCUCAAGAUCAACAACACCAGUGUGGAGGGGCUGAGCCUGAAGGAGGCCCGCAAGCUUCUCGAGGCCAGCAAGGAGCGCCUGCAGCUGGUGCUCCAACGUGAGGAUGUGUAUGGCAGCAGCAAGGCCCCCAUGGCCAGCCUGUCCCACACUCGCCCCAUGGAAGAGCGCGCAGCCAGCCAGAAUUUGUACGUGCAGCCGCCCACUCGUGCAGACGACAAGAACAACCUGUCCAGGGUUGGCCGCAUCCGAGGACCCCUCAUGGACUCCAGCCAGCUGGACCAGCCUGAGACUCCUCCAAGGCCUCUGCUGCCUCGCCCGGAGUAUGGCCACGAAGGGGAGGAGGACCCAUUAGCACGACGGAGCUCAACGGGGGCCGAGCCUCGGCUGGUGUGCUUCCACAAGGAGAGUGGCAGCAACGUGGGCCUGCGGCUAACUGGCGGCAACCAGGCCGGCGUCUUUGUCACAGCUGUGCAGCCAGGCAGCCCUGCCUCCUUGCAGGGCCUCCAGCCAGGCGACCGCCUCCUCAAGGUGAAUGGCGUGGACGUACGGUGGGCAACCCGUGAGGAGGCUGUCCAGCUGCUGGUGCAGCUCCAGGGCCCCGUGCAACUUCUCGUGCAGUCUGCUCGUGAGGAGUAUGAGGAAGUGGUGAGCAGCCAAAAAGGAGACUCGUUCCACGUGCGAGCACACUUCAGCCACGAGCCCACCAAUAAGGGCGAGCUGGCAUUGCACCCGGGUGAGGUGUUCCGCGUGGUGGACACCCUGCACAAUGGCACUCUGGGCAGCUGGCUUGCUUACCGCCUUGGCCGCAACCACCAGGAGAUUCAGCGCGGCCUCAUCCCGAAUGCAGCACGUGCUGAAGAACUGGCUGCGCAACAGGCCAGGCGCAGAGAUGCCGACACCAGCCGUACCUCUUUCUUCCGGCGCCGCCGGAGGGCUGCUCGUGCCAAGAGCGGUGACCCCUGGGAGGAUCCGGAAGGCUUGUCCAAAUUUCCAGCCUACGAGCGUGUGGCCCUGAAACACCCGGGCUUCGUCCGGCCUGUGGUGCUGUUUGGACCCAUGGCAGAUGUGGCCCGGGAAAGGCUUCUCAGGGACUAUCCAGACAAGUACGCCUGCCCACAACCCGGGGGACCUGUCGAAGAGCCGGUAGCCAAGGGGGCCCCGGCUGUUCGGCUCAGUGCCAUCCGGGAAGUGGUGGAGCAGGGAAAGCACGCUCUGCUUGAUGUCAGUCCGGGGGCUGUGGACCGACUCAACUACGCCCAGUUCUACCCCAUUGUGGUGUUUCUGCGUGCCGAAAGCAAGCAGGCCGUCAAAGAGCUGCGAUCACGGCUGCCCGUGCGGCAGAGUGCACGUAAGCUAUAUGAGAGAGCACUCAAGUUGGAGCGACUGUGGGGACACCUGUUCACCUCCACGGUGGCCCUGACGGGCGCCGACAUGUGGUACAAGAAGCUGCGCGAGACCCUGGACAAGCAGCAGCAGCUCAGCAUCUGGUGCUCCGAGAACAAGCCCGAGGAGACCAUCGGAGACGACUUCCUCUUCCCGGUCACAUCACGGCUAAGCUACGCAUCAUCACCGGAGAGUGACCUGGAGCUGGCCUCGGAAGGGGCUCGACGAUUGGGCCUGGUACGAGCUUCCAGCGACCCCAGUGUGGCGACCCAGGAAGAUGCUCUGGCACCGCCACCCUACCUGCCCCCUCUGCGGCAGCCACCGCCUGCUGGGCCACCAAGCAGCUGUAGUCCGUCUCAGGCACCAAGCGAAUGCCGGCCAUGUGGUGGUGUGCUAGAGGAGGACUAUGGCACCCGCCGAAGCAACACUCUUGAGACACGGCUGCCAUGUGGACGCCCUGAGUCUGACCUGUACGAAGAACCAGGCAGUCGGCCAACACUAACAAAUGAUGGCCGUCGUCCUUUGGGCAUGUACUCUCCCCCUGGUGGCGGUGGUGGCGGUGGCGGCAAGCUGGCCCGUGUGCUGCCGGAGCCGCCUCAGGUCGACCGCGGCAGCAAACCUCCCCGGUUUUCGCGCACUGCUCAGGAACGGCUAUUUGGCUCCCCAGGUCGUGGAGGUGGGGAACCCCCACCCACUAUUCCCGGUGGCCCUGACUACAUCAACACAGCACACAAAGCAGCGUCCUUGGAACGACCCAAUGGCCGCACGCCUCUGGCUGGCUAUGAAGCUCCAGUCUAUGAUGCAUAUGGACGGCAGAUGGCACCACCGCCACAUGACCCAUACCGCUUCACUCGUAGCACAGCACAGCCUGCGACGAUUGCCCUGAGGCCACCUACAGCACGUCCGCCACCCAGGACCCCCGAACGGCCAAGCCUUCCCAGCCAACUGCAGAGGGCUCCAUACCAGCCUAGGCUCUCUGAUGGGCGACCUGUGCCCCCACCAAAGCCAACCCGCCCACGGCCAUGGUCGGGAGCAUCGGAGGAGCCACCGCCCUAUGGGGGCCCCUACCUCAACCUACCGCCACGUUCGGCACUCGACCUGUCCAACCGAGAGCACAGGGGUUCGGCCUUUGAGCUGUACCGCAAACCAGAGCCACUCCGACCGCCACCUCCCCCGGCUCUCUAGCGACCAUUGUGGUAACAAUGGCCAUGCAACCUGUGCCAUCCUGUGUGGAAGACCAGUGCCAGUGGGCGAUCAGGACAAGGUCCAGCAAUGCCCAAUCACAAAUGUGCUAGUGCAAUUGUCUUCCGGGGCCAGUGUGCGUGCAACAAAAGGAGUGUUAUUCUUCCUGCAGUGCAUAAGCUGCAGGCCUGCUCAAACUGCCCGUGCAAAGAGCACCAAACACUACUUCGUGUUUUAAGUCUAUUUUACUUACAGUGAAUGUUUCAGCUCGGGGCCAACCCUGAUUUCCCUCUUAAAAUGCAACUCUGAUGCAGAAAUGUCAUCUUUAGGCAUUGAACUGAGCAUUUAAGAGAGAAAGCCAGCUGUUUGAUUUAGGGUCUGAAAUCCAAAAUGAAUAUUGGCAAUGUGUGAAAUUUGCAACUCUAACUCUGCAUCGAAAACAGUUAUAUACACUUAUGACAGUUCUGUAGGUAUGUCUGUUAGGUCAGCUAUAGCAGACAAAUGUGAUUACUAGUUUUGCAGACUCCCGUUUACAGGUCAUCAGUAUAAUGGAGUGCAGUGUAUAACAACUAUUUUGGCCUCUUUGCAUAUCACAUAGUAUUUUCUUAUUGUUGAGUUAGUGUUGUAAGCUUGAUUUCUUUUUCAGCAAUCUUUUUAAGGGUUCCUCAACAGUUUUUGGAUGGUAAAAAGAACAAGCAUGUUCAUUAUGUAUAAAAGAAGAGGCGUGCAGACAGGACACAAGAGAAGAGAAGUGGACAGCAUGAACGCCGAUUAUCAACUGAAGGAAGCACCAAGGCAAAAAAAAAAGAAAGAAGACACAAAACUCAUCUGCGCAAGUUUUCUGUCUUCUUUCUUUUUUCGCCUCAGUGCUCCCUUCAGUUGUCAGUUAUAGUGAGUGUUCGUGUUGUCCACUUCUCUUCUCUUGUGUCCUGUGUGCAGGCCUCACCUUUUUUGCAUAAUGAAUCCUUGCCAACAAGCUCAGCUUUCUGUCAUUCCAAGCAUGUUCAUGUGGCAAUAGUCAUGUCUGCAAAGUAUCAAACCGCUGCACAGCUCAAAAAGAGCUAAAAUUUAUAAAGUGAAAGCCUGUGCAUCCUUCCUCACGAGAGAGCCCUGCUUCCUGCUGGAAAAUUACAUGCACAAACGCUUCUGUGUCAUAUGCACUGCCUGCAUUGUCACCACUUAUAGUGGAGUUUGAAAAAAAUGAAAAAUAUGGAGUCUGGGCUUGUGACAUGAACGUGAUGCAGUUUCUCAGCUUCAGUAUGGGAGAAGGCAGGGAAGGGCACUCAAUGCGGACAUUUGUCGAGGUGAAGGGGAGUGUCUAUGUUGGCAGUGUAGUUUGACUCCUUGCAGCAUGGCAAUGAAACAUUUCAAUUUAUUCUAUCUGCUCUAAUUGGUUCUGUGAAUGCUAAACAUAAAGUUAUGUUUCAAUUGUCA